CAUUAAUUAAAGAAAAUGUGAAGACUCCAUGUGUAGUUCAUCAAUAGUUUCUACAUUGAUACCUCAACUUCUGUAACUAAAAAUCUCAAAACCUUUGAUUGAUCAGAGCAGCUCCAAAAUGGAAACACAAGUUUCUAGAAUUAGUAUUCUCAUGUUCCCAUGGUUGGCUCAUGGCCACAUAUUUCCAUUUCUAGAGCUAGCCAAAGCCAUCUUGCACAGAAAAAACCUGCACAUAUACUUGUGCUCAACAUCCAUCAAUUUUGAUUCCAUCAAGGCCUUCAUCAACAAACACGCGUUAAACAGCUCAAUCGAGCUAGUUGAGAUCCAUCUAGAACCAUCUGAAGAUCUCCCUCCUCACCACCACACCACCAAGAACCUGCCUCCAUCUCUCAUGCUCACCCUCCUCAAGGCCUUCCAGACGUCGUACACCAGCUUCACGGACAUCAUCAGCGCCCUCAAACCUGAUUUAGUAGUGUACGACGUGUUCCAGCCUUGGUCUGCCAAGAUUGCUGCAUCACAAGGCAUCUCUGCAGUUCACUUCUCCAUCUAUGGAGCCACUGAUUAUUCCCUCCUGCAUCACAAGCACACUUUUGGUGAGGCCGAGUUCCCCUUCCCGGCUAUCAAGUUCGAGGGCCACGAGCUGCAAGAAUUAUGGGAUGGCAUGGAAUUUCUGUACUCCAUCAUCCACGAUGUUGAUCAAGAUUUCCUUUUUGGGAAUUUCAAGCAAUCUUGCGACGCUGUCUUGCAAAAGACAAGUAGAGAGGUUGAAGGGAAGUACAUUGAUUACCUCUCCACUUUGUCUGGGAAGAAAAUAGUCCCUGUUGGUCCAUUGAUCACUCACACCACCCAAAGUAACCAAGAAAGUUCAGAGAUAAUCGAGUGGCUGAGCAAGAAAAGCCAGCAUUCGACUGUUUUCAUUUCGUUUGGGAGUGAGUACUUCCUGUCCAAGUCUGAGAUAGAAGAGAUAGCAAAAGGGCUGGAGCUCUGUAGUGUGAGCUUCAUAUGGAUCAUCAGGUUUCCAUUGGGAGCAACGGUGAGCCUAGACGAGGUGCUGCCAGAGGGCUUCCUCGAGAGGGCAGGGGAGAGAGGACUAGUUGUGACAGGAUGGGCACCACAGGCUGAUAUAUUAGGCCAUGAAAAUGUGGGUGGCUUUGUGAGCCAUUGUGGGUGGAGUUCUUGUAUGGAGAGCAUGUAUUUUGGGGUCCCAGUCGUGGCCAUGCCUAUGAAGAAUGAUCAGCCUAUAAAUGCUAGGAUGUUGGUGGAGGCCGGCAGCUGUGUGGAGGUUUCAAGAAGUGAAGAUGGUGUGUUUAAAGGGGAGGAGAUAAGUAAGGCUAUUAGGAAGGUGGUGGAGGAGGAGGGCGGCGCAGAGCUGAGGCGCCGUGCUCGUGGAUUGAGUGAGAGGUUGAAGAGGGAAGAGGGACAAGUCUUGGAUGAAGUAGCUGAGCAGCUGUGGCAGCUGUGUUUGAAGAAACACACAACAAACUGCUGAUAUUAUGGAUUAUUUCAGAAGUACUAUACAUGUGUAUCUGUUUCAUCUCAUGUUGAUUAAGAAAUAUGACAGAAACAGAAAUAUAAUUGCCUUAUUUCCUUCAUACAGAUCAGAAC